AUGGUGACAAGUAUGAAGCCUACCACGAACCAAAGAAACCAAGCGGCAACACUGCAAUCACCUCGAAAGUUCCAGAAGGCACCGACGUCCAACGAGGAGAAAAGUAGCCAAACAACAUUCCUGACGCACCACAUGGACCUUGCCCAAUCAUUUCGGAUCAGCUCAGCCGAGCAACAGAGUCCCCGUAAACUUGAACGGAUCAAGAAGGGACUCGAGGAGGAUCGUGGAUACCUGUCGGAUGGCGGAAAAGUUAGUAUUGCCCCCACAAGCCCUGCCCCGCCGCCCCAAAUACCACGUGGGUUGCAUCCCCCUCGUGCAUCGCCGACACAGCGCCCAUCGACAUCUCCUCAGUCAUCCUCACUUGCCACCCACCCAACUCCACACUCCAGCAUGACACUCUUAAAUGGGAAGCCAAACAAAAUACUUUUCUAUCAUGCCCACGACCCAUACUAUGGAUUCACUAAUUUCUCAUCCGACCCAAUUGAGUACCAUGGAAAGAAAUACCCCACGAGCGAACAUCUCUUCCAGUCGCUGAAAUUCAUGGAACGCCGCCCCGAGCUCGCAGAGCACAUUAGGACCUGUUCAACGCGUCCACGUGUAGUGUUUGACGAAGCCCACAGGUUUAGUCCCGAAGUGCGAUCUGAUUGGCUGCAAGUGAGGAUUGAGAUGAUGGACCUUGUUCUCUGGCAUAAGUUCUCGCAGAACAGACAUCUAAAGAAAGAACUACUCUCUACUGGAGAUGCAGAGCUUGUCGAGGAUUCUGAUAAGGACUCGUUUUGGGGUAUUGGGAUAGAUCAAAAAGGCCAAAACCAGUUGGGAAAGGCUUUGGCUGAGAGCGAGAUGGUGGGGGGUGUUGCACAAUGCAAACUUCAAGUAGAGAGAUCCGUCUGUGGAGAUUUGAGACAGCAUUUAAUGCUGGUGUUGGACUUACCUAUUGGAAAGGAAGGGUCAGGCCUCAGAAAGUAUCGCGUUAUUUUCAGCCUGGCCCUACAUACUACAACAACAUCUGACCUUGUAUGGAAACUCAUUGCCGAGGUCAAGAGGCCAGUCAACCUCAAAGUCUUAUUUGGCAUCAAAGAAGACAAUGAUGUGCAUGAACCAUUGUCAUUCGAAGCACAUAUUGAUAUUUCCCAGUCUAAAACAGCAAACACCAUUUUACCUGAGGUGUUUGCUUUGGAUCCAAGGACAGCGAUAGAUCAGACUCGGAAAAAGGUUGAAUUGCAUCGGGUUACAUACAUGAAGCAUGCUGCAGCCUUGAAACAGACUGGUGGAGGUUUGAAAGAUGGUGAGAACCCUUCAGAUAAAAAUUCUGACGUGGUUUUUGACUUCUACAUCCCCUCGAGUGGUCCUGACCAUGAUACGCUGAUAGAGGCGAAAAACCUUUGGGAUGCAAUCACUGCAAAAUGGCCUUUCUUUCCAAAUUGUCACCGAAUUUGGGCAACUUGCCCAAAUGUCAACCCCCCAGCUGUGACCACAGGUGUUGGGCCACAUGGUUGUCAUGUCACAUUCAUGCAGCCACCUAAUGAUGGGCUUGAGAACAUAGACCCAGUUCUGCUUGCUGAGUCUGAUGCUGCUCAGAGCUUAGCAAUGGCUGUGCCCAAGACUCCAGAGUCUCAGUACACUUUUGGCACUGAUAUAUCUAAUACUUUAAAGAUACCUGCUCGAAAUGUUCAUCAUGGGAAAACCCUUUCUAUCUCUGAAAGUGCACUCGAGAAGGCGAGAGCUUCAAUUAAGAAGCUCCCUCAAAAGUGUUCUUUCGAGGACUCCAUUCUCAAUCUCCAACGGUGA